UUUCAAAAUGAAGCACCAUUCGCUUCUUUGCGCUAACGUACUCUCGUUGAUGGCGUUGUUCUGGUCUAGUUGCUUCGCAGCCAACCUCUGCCUGGAUGGACCUCCGGUGAAAACGAGCCCCUCGGAAUGUUGUGAAACGCCAGCGCUUAUUGAUCCACCGAUCAUGAUGGACUGCUUCCAAAAGUGGGGUGAACAAACCAAGAGACAAUCGCGGAUGGAAGGGAUUCCCAGAGGAUGUUGUGUCGCGGAAUGUGCGAUGAACGCCACGAAACUGUUAACGGGUGGGAAAAUCAACCGCAAGGAGAUGAAGAAGAUUUUCCUGGCCUCGGCCAAUAGUACCCCCCAGUGGAAACCAAUCGUGAAGAAGACGCUGGAAGAAUGUUUAAAACAAGCGGACGGUAACAAAGAGGAAAUCGAAGCCGGCGCCAAACUGCUCCCAAGCUACGAAGGGGAAAAAAUUUGCCACCCAAUUUCCGGCAACAUUUUGCGCUGCAUGAGAAUGAAGCUGUUCACCAAAUGCCCGGCCGGCAUUUUCCGUGGCGGAAGUGAUUGUGAUCAGUUGAAACAGUACCACGCCGCGUGUCCCCUGAACUGAGAGAAUACGUUUUUUUCUUGCAAUCGCUGUUGUACAUUAAUCGUAGCACCAAUAUGCACUAGUUCACGAUAAUCUAAAAAUAACAGUUUAUCAGCACACAUGUGACGAAUAAAUACAAUCGUGUGUAUGAAUCAUU